UGGUUGUCUUUUUUAUUUUAAAUGUUUGUCUUUACAAUGGAAAGUCUGCUUAGGUACACUGUACGCUGAUUGUCCCUUUACUUUAAUUGGAAUAAAGGAAGUUUUGUUUCAGCAAUCUAGUGAAACCAUGACGCAAAAUUUGAAUUCUUCGAAUGUUCUAAAUUGAUGAAGUUGAAUAUUUUAAAGAAACCUUUGUUCCUUCACUCUUACAAGUUACAUAUAUAACCACAACAAUUUUCUCCGUUGCCUUACGUGAGGUGUUGGAGCCAGUGGGAGCAGCUAAGCGUUGUUAGUUACUAAGCUGUUUGACUCAUUUUGUCUAACCCGGCAUCGUCAGUACCAUAAGAAUGUGGAAGUAGUUCUUAGUGAAACGGAUACUCACUGAAAGAGAAAACGGGACACAAUCAAGUGAUCGAGGACUCGCCAGUCCUGUUAUACGUCACACGAUGUCUCGCACGUACUCGCUAUUGGAAUGGACGUGCACUCUGAUCGUUACUAUAUGUGUCUGGCAUUCUGUCUUGGCAGCGGACAGAGGCUAUGGUGUACAAUUUGGUAAAAAGGAGGGCGCCAGAGAUUGUACUGGACAAUGUAAUCGCCUUGGAAUUACAUACAAAGCAGGAGAAAAGUUCUCUUACACUGAAGGAUGCACCAAGUACAACUGUGAGUGUCGCUGUAAUGGAUGGUAUGACUGUCCACGAGAAAAGAACGAGAACGUUUGCGGGAACCAGAACACUUAUCGACAAGGUUCUUCUGGUCAAAAUUGCAAGGAAUGUAACGUCCAUGGUGUGUUAUUUCCCAGUAACGCUCCAUUUAACUUCAACCGCGGAUGUCGUGAAAUGAGCCAGUGUCAUUGUCACUGUGACGGUUUCUGGAACUGUACACGGGGACGGGAUAUCUGUCGUAACACCUUCAUUACUCAGCUCUCCGGUGGUGGGAGCGGUUAUUCCUCGGCGUCAUACAGCGCUGGAGGGUCAUCAUCGCAGAGCAGUGGGUCUUUUAGCCAACGUUCUGGUGGUUAUUCAGGUGGUUCAUCAUCUUUGAGCGGAUCAUCCUCCAGUGGUAAUUCAUUGAGAGGUGGCGGUGCAGGCAGCAAUUUUGGAGAUGCUAAUUCGAGAUGUAAACAGUGUUUGGUAUCGGAAAAUAGACUAGAAAAUCCAAACAAAUAUUUUAAAUAUCGAAAUGGAUGUUCCGAAUGGGAGAGCUGCUUCUGUAACUGCGCAGGUGAAUGGAACUGUGACCACAGAACAUACAAGAAAAUAUGUGAGCAGGGAAGCGGUAGUGGUGUGGACCUAAAUGCUGGCUCGUGUGCACCAUGUGACGUUUACGGUAAGAUCCAGCUUGGAAACACAGACUUCGUACACAGAAAUGGAUGUCAUGAGUGGACAAACUGUCAUUGCUCAUGUGAUGGGUCAUUUUACUGUACCAACACCAGCUACCGGUGGGCGUGUGACAACAUAUGUCGCGAAUGUGCAGUAGAUGACAGGCGAAUAGCUGGUAAUACUGAGUUUUCCCACACUGUUGAUUGCAUAACGUAUGACCCCUGUCAAUGUCAUUGCAAUGGAUCGUGGUCCUGUCCUCCUCAGACAGGAAAGUGGACGUGCACAGAUCGAUGUCGGGAGUGUGAAGUAGGCACAAAUAGAUAUCGAGGGAACAGUGAGUUCCAGCAUAAGGAGGGAUGCUGGGAAUGGGACCACUGUCAAUGUCGUUGUAAUGGAUCCUGGAAGUGCCCUAAAGAACAUGCCAAAUGGACGUGUACACAGCAAUGUAGAGACUGUGUGUUAGACAAUCAAACUUAUUCAGGCAAUUCCCCUUUUACGUUUGAGCGAGGAGACUGUUACAGAUUUCAUUGUCAGUGUGGGUGUAAUGGUUCCUAUGAAUGUCCUUCUGAGAAAACUGAAAAUACGUGCUUGAUUGAUCCCAACACCGGAUGUUACCCUUGUGAUGUACACGGUAAAUCGUACAAAGGCCAAUCCGUGUUCAACCACACCGACGGCUGCAUACAAUACAGCGACUGUAUAUGUAAUUGUAAUGGUUUCUGGGAGUGCCCCGGAUCAAAAGCCGUAGACACUUGUCACCCACAUACACCAGGUAGUUGUUAUCAAUGUGAUGUCAACGGGAACAAGGUAGCCGGUGGGUCACAUUUUAAUCUUGCGGAUGGAGACUGGCGAUUUGACUGUGAAUGUUACUGUAACGGAGACUGGCAUUGCUCAGCGGAAGCCAUCUAUACUGGCCAUACAUCUGAUCAACUUGCCGGACAUUGCAAAGAUUGCUAUUUUCUCGGACGCCGACAUACCAGCAGGACUUCUUUUGACAGCCAAUGGGGAUGUAUCAAAUACAAAUGUCAGUGUAAUUGUGAUGGAAAGGUAGAAUGUCCGGUAGAACAAGCUUCGAGUGUUUGUUCAUCAGAUAGACAUUAUUUUCAAGAGUUCCAUAUGAAGUCUUUGAGUAGCAUACCAUCACAAUUUUGUUCAUCUUGUAAAAUCAAUGAUCACUUCUUCCCUGGAAAUUCCCAGUUUGAAUACGUUGACGGAUGUCAUCGACAUAUGCUGAGGUGUUACUGUAAUUCUGGGUAUAGGGUUGCCAAAAAAAUCAUUGACUCAUGCGUAGAAAGUAUCCUGUCAGGAACUAUAAAGUACUCAAAGACUUCAGCCGUCUUCCUUUCUGUGACGAACAAAUGUAACCGGAAAUGCAUCGUAAAUGGCAUUGAACACGCACCUAGGUCGUCCUUUGAUAUAAAUCUCGGGUGUUCAACGUACCGCUGUCAAUGUGCAUGCAACGGUCUUCCUCAGUGUCAAGCUCCUGUGGAUACCUUAUGUAAUCUGAAAAUAAAAGUCAUCAGCAGCACGAGAAUAACAGGUGGAUCAAGUAGUUCAUCACAUAUCAGUGGUGGACAUGUCCAGUCUGGUGGAUCAACUGUUGUCAGUGGUGGAAGCCAUUCUAGUAGGAGAGUUAUAACAGGUGGGAGUCAAUCUAGUGGUUCUGUUGUAACGGGUGGAAGUAGGAGAGUUAUAAGCGGAAGUAGUCAUUCCUCUGGUGGAAGAGUUGUAAGUGGUGGAGGUCACACCUCAAAUACUAGGAUAGUUAGUGGCGGAUCUCGAGUCGUCAGUGGCGGAUCUCGAGUUGUUAGUGGCGGAUCUCGAGUUGUCAGCGGAGGAACAACGGUUGUCUCGGGAGGAGGAAGUCACUCAAGAGUGAUACAGAGAAGGAUUGUGUCAACGACAGGCGGUGGACAUUCGGUCGUAAGAGGAGGAUCGUCAUCAGUAGUCGUCAGAGAGAGUGGUUCAGCUCAUAGUAAUUGCCAAUUUUGUGUCGUGGAAGGCAAACGAUAUCAUGGCAUGGCUGUAUUUGAUUACAAACGAGGGUGUAUUCGAUACAGGUGUCAAUGUGAUUGCAAAGGUUAUGCGAUCUGUAGGGCAGUAAGUGUGCAUGAAUGUCUCAACCAGGGAAGCCAGUGCAAACCUUGUUAUGUAGAAAACAAAAGAUAUGAUGCGAAUUCCCGAUUCACUUUUGAUAAAGAUUGUCAGAGAACAUCAUGUCGGUGUGAGUGUGAUGGCAUGGCAACAUGCGUCAGGACACAAAUUUUAGGAUGUACGCAUCAUGAUGGCUGUAGGUCAUGCGUCUAUAAUGGUGUCACCAGAGAACCUAAUACCCAAUUCCACAUCGACAGAACUUGUGAAAGAACUGUCUGCCAGUGUGAUUGUAAUGGACAUGUUCAGUGUUCUUCUCCUGUUCGCACAUGCGCACAACCUAAAACAUGCGGCGGAUGUACAGUUGAAGGGCAUUACAGGCCUCCAAAAUCUCAAUUUACACUUACUCGAGGAGGAUGGAGAAUGCCAUGCACCUGUCAAUGUGACAAUCAUUACACAUGUGACCGAGAUAAGGCUGAAUAUAUCCGCGAUGGUCCUGAUGUUCAUGGCAAAUGCAAGUCGUGUACAGUUGAUGGUAAAGUUCAUCCAUCGGAAUCCAAAUUUGAGAGAGAGCAGGACUGCUAUAGAUACCGUUGCCAGUGUUUUUGUGACGGAAGUCAUCACUGUGUUAGUACUGGAACAUACAUCUGCUCCCAACCUACCACCACCACCGCAGCACCACACGUAGAACACAAUCACUGCAAAGCCUGCAGUGUUGGAGGCACAGAGUAUCCCUCUGAAAAACCUUUCACACUGGCCCGAGGCUGUAAGAGGUACUCUUGUGAAUGCUAUUGUAGUGGUCGCUAUGGGUGUAGGGAUUCAGGAGAGAAUACUUGUCACAAUCACCCUAAAACCACGACUCCACAACCAACUUGCACUAAAUGUCACGUUCAAGGAAAAGACUAUUCUCCAAACACCAAGUUCACAAUUGUAUAUGACAAAUGUCACGUGCUUCAUUGCAAUUGUGCUUGUGAUGGCAGUCACGAUUGUGAUCGAGAGGUUACGAAUGUCUGCGACCAUGGUCAACGUUGUACUCCAUGCACUGACAAUGGCGUCACACAUCAAUCUGGUGAACGGUAUCGCCGAGUAGAGAACUGCGUGGAGUAUCAAUGCGAAUGUCGGUGUGACGGAAGUCCGCAGUGUAGUGCCCUUCGCCGUACCUGUGAAGACAGGCCAAAGUGUCGACCCUGUACCAUUCCGGACGGCCAUCAGCACCAACCAAAUACUCAGUUUGUGUACGACAAAGACUGUUAUCGAUUUACAUGUGAAUGCGGAUGCAAUGGAACUUACGUUUGUCCUGCAGAGAAAACUAGAAGAAUAUGUCCCGAGACCACUACAGCAACGCCUCGUUGUCGACCCUGCACUGAUCCCACUGGACGACGCCAACGGGGAAACAGUCGUUUCACAUACGACAAGGAUUGUCAUCAGCAUAGCUGUUUCUGCGCAUGUGACGGACGUUAUGAUUGUCCAGCAGAACAGACUAGAAGAAUAUGUCCCGAGACCACUACAGCAACGCCUCGUUGUCGACCCUGUACUGAUCCCACUGGACGACGUCAUUCGGAAAACAGUCGUUUCACAUAUAACAAGGAUUGUCAUCGCCAUAGCUGUUAUUGCGCGUGCGACGGAAGUUAUCACUGUCCCACGGAAAAUAUCCGCAGGUUCUGUACGGACGACAGUAGUCAACGUCAGUGCAGACAAUGCACGGAUCCAACUGGGCGUCAACAUCGUUCAGGGGUUCAGUUUGUAUACGACAAAGACUGUCAUCGCUACACUUGCACAUGCGAUUGCAGUGGAAGGUACGAUUGUCCCGCUGGGAAAACGGUAAAUUUCUGUGACAGGGGACACGGCUCCACACAUCUUGGUGAUUCCAUUAGCAGUGGUGGAUCGGUACACCAAAGUGGUUCCACACAUCAUAGCAGUGGUGGAUCAGUAGGCCAAAGUGGUUCCACACAUCAGAGCAGUGGUGGAUCAGUAGGCCAAAGUGGUUCCACACAUCAGAGCAGUGGUGGAUCAACAUAUCAAAGCGGAUCUAGUCACAGCCAUCUCUACCGGUAUGGUUAUACGUCUUCAAAUCGCUAUGGAGACACAGGCUGUUUCUAUUGUGUCGCAGGUGGAUCUCAUCACAAACCAAACGAGCGUUUCCAAUUUGAUGACAAUUGUUAUCGAUUUUCAUGCGUUUGUGCUUGCAAUGGAAGUUGGGAGUGUCCAGCAUCUCAAACACAAGAAAUCUGUCGCACCCACACCAACAACCAGGGUUCAUCUUCCUGUAGGACGUGCACUGCCUAUGGUAAAACCUAUCCUAGUAAUGAUCGUUUCCAGUACGACAAGGAUUGCUAUAGGUUCAACUGUGAUUGUUACUGCAAUGGAUCGUGGAACUGUCCAGCUGAACGUACAGAGAAUAUUUGCACACCAGAGACUGGGAAAUGUAGAAAUUGUCGCGUUCAGGGAUACGACAGACAACCAAACUCCAGGUUCCAAUUUGACAAGAACUGUUUCCGAUACGAUUGUGAUUGUCAUUGUAACGGGUCCUACUACUGUCCCGCCGAGAGAACAAGGGAAAUACCCGGAUGUGGAAGCCACCGUGCACAACAAGGCACAGAGCCUUGUCAGAAUUGUCUGGUAGACGGACAAAUCUAUGAGUCGUUCUCUGACUUCAGUUACAACAAGGGAUGCGUGAAAUACAAUUGUCGAUGUCAUUGCAAUGGAAGCCACAUUUGUUCGGAGGGAGAAAAGGGAAACAUUUGCUCAAAUGACAAGAACUGUAGUGACUGUGUGGUUAAUGGUAGUCAAUAUCGGUCCGGCACCAAGUUUCAGUAUAUAAAAGGGUGUGCUGAAUACGACUGUGAUUGUUUCUGCGACGGAAGCUUUAAUUGUCCACCAAGUCGCACCAUCGACAUCUGUAAGGACAAGCCAAAGUCGUGCACUGAAUGCGAACAUGCUGGCACCAAAUAUCCCGGAAAUUCGGAGUUUGUAAUUAAAGAAAAAUGUUCCCAGAUAGAAUGUUCGUGCCAAUGUGACGGGAAAAUAACUUGUAAAGAUGCCAUUAAUACAUGCAUAGAUCGCGGUGAUCUUGGUUGAUUGGGGUGUUUUUUGUUCUAGGAGUUACAUUGUGCAAGAUUGUUUUUAUAUCUAUGAUUAUGUUAAACAUAAGUGUACAUGUAUAACGCAGCACGAUUGGGAUAAACAAGAUUUUAAAACCACUAAUGGAAUGAAAUGGUCUAAUGCUGUUUUAAAAUAAAGAAUUUGUUUGUGUACCAGA